GGAGAGAAGCAACCACCGAUCUGCACGAAAACCCAAAUGACUUCAUCUACUUCGCCGACUAUAACUUUACCCCUUCUAUCCAACAACCGCAUUUCGUCUCUCCAUGCCUCCACCUGCUACUUCAAAUUGCCAUGGAAUUUCUUCAACAAAAAGAAGUUCGACUCCACUAUCACAGCCAUGGCACGACCACAACGAAGCGCGAUGCAGUUUAAUCAAGUUGGGGAUUCUGACCUUACAGUCAGUGAAAUUACUUUCGGCACCAUGACAUUUGGGGAACAGAACACAGAGAAGGAAGCUCAUGAAAUACUUUCCUAUGCCUUCGAAAAUGGCAUUAAUACGUUGGACACUUCAGAAGCAUAUCCGAUUCCAAUGAAGAAGGAGACACAAGGAUUAACAGAUAUUUAUAUCGGAAACUGGCUGAAAUCUCAACCUCGUCAUCAGAUUAUAUUGGCCACUAAAGUGUCUGGUUACUCGGAAAGAUCAAGUUACAUACGAGAUAAUGCAGAAGUUGUGAGGGUUGAUGCUGCUAACAUCAAAGAAAGUGUGGAGAAAAGCUUGAAACGUCUUAAUACUGAUUACAUCGAUUUAUUACAAAUUCAUUGGCCGGAUCGCUAUGUGGCUUUGUUUGGCGAGUUCUUUUAUGAUCCUUCAAAAUGGAGGCAAAGCGUGCCAUUUCUUGAACAGCUCAGGGCCUUCGAAGAACUUAUUCAGCAAGGAAAGGUACGCUACAUUGGGGUUUCAAAUGAAACUUCAUACGGAGUCAUGGAAUUCAUUCAUGCUGCAAAGUCUGAAGGACUGCCAAAAAUCGUCAGCAUUCAGAACAGUUACAGUCUGCUAGUAAGAUGCAAGUUUGAAGUUGAUCUUGUUGAAGUAUGUCACCCAAAGAAUGGCAAUGUGGGGUUACUUUGUUAUUCUCCUCUGGCUGGUGGAUCAUUAAGUGGCAAGUAUUUGGAUUUAGAGUCUGAAGCUGCCAAAAAGGGUAGGCUUCAGUUGUUCCCCGGAUACAUGGAAAGAUAUAAUAAAUCCAUUGCCAAGGAAGCAACGGCACAAUACAUUGAAAUGGCGAAGAAGCAUGGUCUGAGUCCGGUUGAACUAGCACUUGGAUUUGUUAGAGACCGCCCGUUCAUGACAAGCACAAUCAUCGGUGCUACGUCCUUAGAACAAUUAAAAGAGGAUAUUGAUGCUUUCUUGACGACAGAGAGACCCUUAUCACCUGAUGUGAUGACGGAUAUCGAAACCAUCUUUAAAAGAUACAAAGAUCCAACAAUCCUUUAGGUACAUGCAAGGUUCAAAAUGGCUAGAGUGUGUUGCGACGGCAAGAUCAAGCCUCAAGCCUUACGUGUCAUGGUGAAGACCUGGCGUUUUUCAAGGCGUAACAUGAGACAACAAACUUUUAUGUCAUAUAUCUAUGCUAUAUUAUAAAGCAUUUGACAAAAAC